AUGGGUAACAGUUUCAAACAAAGACUCUUUGGUGGCCUUCUUCUCUCUUGUUGUUUGGUCGUCGUCAUUGCUUCCCACCAGCAGCAACACCCUACUAGAGAUGAUGAUGUUUCCAGUCAUGGGUAUUUCUUUGCCAGGCGUGACGAACUUCCUGGCGCCAAUUCGACGCACAAGCACUCGAGUGAUUAUACUGCAAUUCCCAAAGAAACCAAGCCUGUCCUGGCUUCUGAGACCCUGGUGGCUCAUUCUGCCGUCGAUUGGCAUCUAUCAGAUUUUUCCGGCGGACAUUCCAACCAAUCAAUCCUUUCUGAUUCUGGCCCCAACUGGCAAUCUUCUGCAACUCCACAAGACGUAAAGGAAAACCAAAAACCCAUUAUCGAAGAUGAUGAUCCCUGUGUAGCUUUUGGAGCCUCGGCUUCCACUCCCAGCGUCUCUGGAACAACAGGAGGGGAAAGAAUUGGGGACGGAAAGGCUCCUGUUGCAAUCCCGACUACUGCGGACUCCAUCCAACCAGACAAUGCCAUGUAUCAACAUUUGAAGUCGCACCCAGGAGUGAUCUUUAUAUUUCUAGGUUGGGGCAUCCUAUGGACCAAGUGUAAAUUGUACCCCCAGCUUACAUUGUUGAAGCAUGCAUCAUUGCAACUGUACAAGCGCGGCCGCAAACGACGCCGCAAUCGUCGUCAUCGCAAUCCUCAAAAUCGUCCACGUCGUUACCCUCGCCAGUACUAUUAG